AUGGCUUGUUAUGCUAAUUUUGAUAUCGCUGCUGAUUGCCAUUUUCGCUUGCUGCCAUUUAAUUCAUAUAAAUUGAUCUUGAUUAGUGCUGAUUUGAUUUUAUAUCUUUGUAUAGAGACAACAGUGAAGAAAACACGAGGACCUACACAAUGCUUGAAGAUUCAUGCAAGACAGUUGGAAGAUAGAGAACAAAUUACUCUAGAUAGUGAAGGAGAGGCAAUUGGUCCUACUGAUGAAGCUGUAAACAACUUGAGCAAAUUUUUGGGCACAGUGGCAAGGAAUUCAGAUUUUUGUCCAUUAAUUUACACAAAUUGGAAGGGGAUUAAAGAUAAAGAAGCCAUUUGGGAAUAUGUUCAAGCUAAAUUCAUUAUUCCAACUGAAGGAAAGAGGAUGGUCCUUGCUCAUAUCAAUGACAACUGGAGAAGGCUGCUUCUAAGGAAAAUAAUGAACCACCUACUCAAGCAGAAAUGUUUGUUGAGACUCGCCAAAGCACAAAGGGAAAAUCAUUGGAUGAAGACACUCUGGAUGUUAUUCUCAGGAGUGGACCUUGACAUGUUAGCUGCUCAAUUAGGAAGCACUUUAGGGAAUCCGAACAAUAAUGAUGCGCAUGAAGAGGAAAACUAUGUUGAAGGGGAAAUCGAACUUGAUUAA